CAGUCCGGGAUGGCGGCAGCCAAGGCCGAGAUGCAGCUGAUGUCCCCGCUGCAGAUCUCCGACCCCUUUGGCUCCUUUCCUCAUUCGCCCACCAUGGACAACUACCCUAAGCUGGAGGAGAUGAUGCUGCUGAGCAAUGGGGCUCCCCAGUUCCUCGGUGCCUCCGGGGCCCCGGAGGGCAGCGGCGGUAACAGCAGCAGCAGCGGGGGCGGUGGAGGUGGAGGGGGCGGCAGCAACAGCAACAGCAGCGGCGGCGCCUUCAACCCUCAGGGGGAGGCGGGCGAGCAGCCCUACGAGCACCUGACCGCAGAGUCUUUUCCUGACAUCACUCUGAAUAACGAGAAGGUUCUAGUGGAGACGAGUUACCCCAGCCAAACCACCCGGCUGCCCCCCAUCACCUACACUGGCCGCUUCUCUCUGGAGCCUGCACCCAACAGUGGCAACACCUUAUGGCCUGAGCCCCUUUUCAGCCUGGUCAGCGGCCUCGUUAGCAUGACCAACCCCCCAGCCACCUCAUCCUCAGCAUCAUCUCCAGCGGCCUCCUCCUCUGCCUCCCAGAGCCCACCCCUGAGCUGCGCAGUGCAGUCCAACGACAGCAGCCCUAUUUACUCAGCGGCACCCACCUUCCCCACACCUAACACCGACAUCUUCCCUGAGCCACAAGGUCAGGCCUUUCCAGGCUCAGCAGGCACCGCGCUUCAGUACCCACCUCCUGCCUACCCUGCUGCCAAGGGUGGCUUCCAGGUCCCCAUGAUCCCUGACUAUCUGUUUCCACAACAGCAGGGGGACCUGGGCCUGGGCACCCCAGACCAGAAACCCUUCCAGGGCCUGGAGAGCCGUACCCAGCAGCCUUCGCUCACUCCACUCUCUACCAUCAAGGCCUUUGCCACACAGUCGGGCUCCCAGGACCUGAAGGCCCUCAACACCACCUACCAGUCCCAGCUCAUCAAACCCAGCCGCAUGCGCAAGUACCCCAACCGACCCAGCAAGACUCCCCCCCAUGAACGCCCCUACGCCUGCCCCGUGGAGUCCUGUGACCGCCGCUUCUCUCGCUCAGACGAGCUCACCCGCCACAUCCGCAUCCACACGGGCCAGAAGCCCUUCCAGUGCCGCAUCUGCAUGCGCAACUUCAGCCGCAGCGACCACCUCACCACCCACAUCCGCACCCACACAGGCGAGAAGCCAUUCGCCUGUGACAUCUGUGGGAGAAAGUUUGCCAGGAGUGAUGAACGCAAGAGGCAUACCAAAAUCCACUUGCGGCAGAAGGACAAGAAAGCAGACAAAAGUGUGGCCUCUGCCGCUACCUCCUCUCUCCCUUCCUACCCAUCCCCAGUGGCUACCUCUUACCCAUCCCCAGCCACCACCUCAUACCCAUCACCCGUGCCCACCUCCUACUCCUCUCCCGGCUCCUCGACCUACCCAUCGCCUGUGCACAGUGGUUUCCCGUCACCCUCCGUGGCUACCACAUACUCCUCCGUUCCUCCUGCUUUCCCUGCCCAGGUCAGCAGCUUCCCUUCCUCAGCUGUCACCAACUCCUUCAGCGCCUCCACAGGGCUUUCGGACAUGACGACCACGUUUUCUCCCAGGACAAUUGAAAUUUGCUGAAAGGAAAGGAAAAAGAGAGAAAAUGAAACACAAGAGACUUAAAGGACGGGAGGAGGAGAUGGCCAUAGGAGGGGGCUCCUCUUAAGUCAGAUGGAGGUUCUCAGAGCCAAAUCCUCCUCUACUUGACCCCAGGGUCGCUGUGGAAGGUCUGUUGGCCAACAAUUCUUUCUGUCCACUUCCCUUUCCUCCCCAGGACCUACUCCCUUUGACUUCAGCUGCCUGAAACAGCCAUGUGCAAGGUCUUCACUUCUAUCCAAAGAACUUGAUUUGCAUGGAUUUUGGAUAUAUCAUUUCAGUAUCAUCUCCAUCGUAUGCCUGACCCCUUGCUCCCUUCAAUGCUAGAAAAUCAAGUUGGCAAAAUGGGGUUUGGGCCCCUCAGAGUCCAGCCUUGUACUCUUGUACAGUGUCUGUGCCAUGGAUUUUGUUUUUCUUGGGGUACUCUUGAUGUGAAAUAAUUCGCAUACUCUAUUGUAUUAUUUGGAAUUAGAUCCUCACUUUGGGGGAAAAAAAAAAAAAAGAAAA